GCUCUCUCGUCUUCUCUCUCUGGCGGAGUCGGAGGGAGGGCGAGCAGCCUCUGCCGUGUGUGUGUCUCUCUCUCUCGCUCUCUCUCUCUGUGCGGCGGGCCAUGGCCAUGGCUUCCCCGGCCGUGGGGCAGUUCCCUCCGUAUCCGCCGCUGCUGCUGGACAAGGAGCAGCAGCGCUUCCUGCAGAGCCUCAGCGCCUCGGAGAGGAAGAAGCUCCGCAAGCGCUCCCUCGGCGCCGGCAAUAGCGACCUCCUGCAGCAGCAGCAGCAGCAGCAGCAGCAGAGGAGGAAGAGGAGGCAAGCGGGGCCCAUGGAGGAAGGCGACGAAGAGGAGGACGAAGCAGAGGAGGACGCCGAGGAGGGCGAGCGCAGCGCGGGGCUGCUGGGCGCAAACCUGCGUCUCCUCAGCGCCAGGAGGGACGCCGACACCGAGCCCCUGGGAGAGCCGCUCGCCGCCAAGCCCCACGCUCUUCCCCCGCACCCUCCUCACCCGCACCACCACCAGCGGCUCCGGCUGAAAUGCGGGGCUCCGCGGCUGCUCCCCGACGUGCGCACCAUCUUCGAGCAGCCGCGGGACCCGCGCGUCCGGCCCGAGAAGGGCGAGGGGCACCGCUUCCAAGGCUUCGCCCUCGUCUGGCGCGGGUGGUGCGACCUGUGCGGGAGGGAGGUCCAGCAGAGGGGCCUGCGCUGCGCCAACUGCAAGUACACCUGUCAUCAGGAAUGCAGAAACCUCAUCCAGCUGGAUUGCAGUCAGCAGGAAGGGCAGACACGCAACAAACCAUCUCCAGAAAACACGUUAACACAAAACUAUAGUCAGAAUGUAACAAAAACAGUGGAAGAAUUAAAACCUAAAGCUCCUACCACCCAAGAGCUGAAGGAGAAGAUUGACAAUUACAAUUCCAAAGUCAACAAUUGCUUACUGAUGAAGAUGAAUGAUGAUGGAACUUACACAGGUUUCAUCAAAGUACACUUGAAACUUCGCCGGCCGGUGACAGUCCCAGCAGGAAUCCGGCCACAGUCCAUCUAUGAUGCCCUCAAGGAGGUCAACUUGGCCAACAUGACAGAGAAGAGAACAUCCUUCUACCUGCCGCUGGAUGCCAUCAAGCAACUUCAUAUCAGCAGCACCACCACUGUGAGUGAAGUAAUCCAGGGACUUCUGAAGAAAUUUAUGGUGGUUGACAACCCACAGAAGUUUGCACUUUUCAAACAAAUGCAGAAAGAUGGCCAAGUUCUCUCUCAGAAACUCCCUGUAACAGAAUAUCCUUUGUACCUCCGGCUGCUAGCAGGUCCUGACACAGACAUUCUGAGUUUUGUGUUGAAAGAAAAUGAAACUGGGGAAGUUGAGUGGGAUGACUUCUCUAUUCCAGAGCUACAGAAUUUCCUAGUAAUACUUGAAAGAGAAGAAAAAGAAAAAAUCCAGCAAGUGCAGAAGAAGUAUGACAAGUUUAAACAAAGGCUGCAGGAAGCUUUGAAAGAAGCUAAUGAGAAGCCUGGAUAACCAAGUUUGGUAAUGUGGCUAGUGAUGAACUAAAAAUUAAUAUAUAUACAUAUACUAGUAUAUUUAAAAACAAAAUGAAAAUAACACCCAACCAAGACUUUUCUUCUCAGGACACUUUUUUGAUUUGGCAGCAGUCCAAGACAUGCUUAGAAUUGGUUUUACGAAAUGGGAAAGGAUGUCCCUGUCCACUGGCCCUCCAGACACCAAAAAUCGAAUGCUAUAUCUCCUUCUAAGGCGGUCAACCUGAAUGACAUGUCCAGGAAAUGUUACAAUAAAUGUUGAAUGUGCAAGGAAUUGGUUUGCAUAUGAUACAAAUGCUAAGGGCCAGCCCCAAUCUACUAUCUUCCUUUUCCCACAUCCCAAUACCUCACCUGCUGGAUUUGUGUGUACGUGUGGCAGAAGUGCAAUGAAUGUGCGCUCUUGUGGUAACUUCAUCACAAGAGCUACUAAAAGGUCUACAUCAGCCCAUGAAGUAUUACUGCUCUGAUACAUAUGGACACUGUGGGCUCUACAGUGUAGAGGAUGCCAAAUAGACUGUUGCGCCAUAUGAAGAGAACAGAUGCCAAGGAAGCUGUAGAUGUACAGCAGAUCUUGAUGGUGCUAGAGUGUGUUGGCCUUGAGUUAUUCUUUCUGUUUUCUCAGGGGAAAGGGGGCAUCUUUUUUGCGGGUGUGUUUGAGUUGUCUUCUUGAUCAUGCCCCCCAGCCUAAUAUUUUAAACAUAUUCCUAAGUUUGGAAGCAGUUCUUCUUAUGCAGCCAGAACAGGGACCAGUAUCGAAAAAUCUGAGAACUGACUUUGGGACUUGCCCCUCAGUACAUUCAAGAUGUUAGUCACCAAACAGCUUGAAAGUUAUACCAAGACCUUGAAGGAAACUGGAAAUGAUAUUAAGUUGAUCCAGUUAUAGGCUCACAAAUAUUAAUAGUAGAUGAACUAAAAAAUCUGCAACUGCCCAGUCUGUUUGCAAUCUCCCUCCCCGAUGUUAGACUUUCAACCUGCAAACUACAAUAUUUGUUUUAGUAGUUCUGCUAAAGCAGGAGUGAGAAACCUGUGACCCUCCCAAGUCUUGUUAGACUCCAGAUAUCAGCAAAUUGAUUAGGGACAAUGACAUUUGUGGCAGAGGUAGGAAAGAGCACAGGUCCUGCCCGCUUCUGUGCAACACCAAACUAAAGUGUUCAGUAAAGGAGAAUCUGUGCAAGUCAUCAAUAUAACAUGUGAUAAUUCUGCUUGUGGGGGACAUUCCUCUGUCUUCAGUGGUGUCAUUGGGCCCUUCUAUUUAGAUGAAGAUUUAAAAAGUAAUGUGACAAUACAGCAGGAGUUAGAAGACAUGGGCAGACCAGUUAAGUGUCAAUCAAUGCUGGAAAACUUACUUAGAGCUCCUUAUGUUUUGCACAGAGCUUUCUGCUCGUAACUCUUUUCAUCUUAACUUGGAGGCAGACUUGGAUAUUCUUCAGCUAUUGCUGCAGUUGUGGAAGUGGCUGGCACUGCCCUUAUCAUUCUGUCAGGUAGACAGACACUCAACAGCGAAAUAGCUCUAUUAUGACUGCAGCUAUAGCUGCCAUUUCCAGGCAAGCUGCUGACAGCUUGCUUGCUGUCAAAUUAGGACAGAAAGAAAUCUUAUUUUCCCGCUUACCUCUAAAAAGUGUCUUACAGAAUCAAGAAAAUGCUUUCACACAUUCUAAUGCCCCCCGGGGUAUUUCAGUUUAAUUUAUUUUUAAAAACCACUCUGUUUGGGGCUAAUUUCAAAAUGUGUGCUGGCAAGCCAAACAAGUGUGUGGGAAGUCUCUUGGUAGCAACUGUCAUUAGAAAACCCAAGAGGUACAAUUAGAAAAACCCCUAACAAUUUUCCCUAUUUUUCCCUUGGUUUAAAACCGGAAUUGUAACCUGCCCAAUAACUUUGCCUGUAUACUGUUUUAUUUUUGUUGAGCCUCUUUAACUCAUAAAGUCAGAAAGCUGAGCCAGAACUUGUGGCAUUUGUAGCAGAUACCUUAAACCAAAGCUUUCUUGGACUAGGUAAAGAGACAAAAGGUUCAUUUCUUUCUAUGGGAAAACUGGAGAAGCAGUACCUUGCAGUGGUAAAAUAGCACAAGGGGAGCAUGGAGCAUUUAGAAAGAAGCACCUGUGAAAUGCUGAACCAAGAAGGAAAGGCACUUCUCAAUCACUGUGGAAAUACGUGGCUGUGCACACUGAGGAGGGAGCCCAGUUCCUUCGAUAGUUGUACUACUAAGAUUGAGAACCAAAAAACCCAACAACAUCCCAGACUUGAAGGCAGUAUCGGUAUGCUAUUGAUAUCUUCUACCUAGGAAUGUUGCAUAUUUAAUUUUUGUUUUCUCUUUUAUGCUUAAUGGAGAAAAAUUCUCACUCUUGUUUUUCAGUGACUGGCACUCUUCAUCUUCCUGCUCUCCCCAUCCCUCAAAUAUUUAGGACAUUUUUAUAGAAGGCAUGGCUUUUUAUGCAAUUUAUGUAAGUGCUGCUGACUAAGCCUCCUGCAAAAUAUGUGGGUGUGGUUUCUUUUUUCCUCUUUUUUUACAAGAUUAUAUAUCUAUGGGCCAUUAAGAAAUAAAUAAUAAUUAUGAAGCUCAGAUGGUGAAAGAAAGCUGAGCCACUUGAUUUGUGGCAGAGCAGAAGCCUUAGAUAAGAGUUAGUGGAGGCCCCAACUUGCGACGCGCAGACUACUGCUGGCAGUGCCUUUGUUUAGUGCAGGUGUGGCCCAAAUGCACACCUCAAAAUGUUGUUGGGCUCCAGUUCUUGUAGACCUUUGGCAGCAUAGCCAGUGGCAAAGGAUUCUGGGAGAGAUAGUCCAAAAAAAAUCUGGAGGGCCACCCUUUGCUCAACCAUAGUUUAAUAUGUUGUGUUGCCUGCAUCUGUAUGUGUAUAAUACAUCUUUUUUGCUUUUUCAGUGGUCCAUUGUAAAACAUGUACAAUCUGUAUAGAAUGAAAAUAGUGGAAGCUUGUGGGAAAGUAAAUACAUUUUUGCAAUGCUGUAAUUUAUUUUUACUACUGUUUCAGCCCUAUGACUGAGAAUAUGUCACCUUCUAGCUUUUUUUUAAAGCUCCUGACCAAUUCGUUCCUGUGAUGCAAACUCUGUAAGAAGCUAUUAAAAAUAAACAAGUCUUCAAUAAAGUUGUUUCAAGAAGUC